UCAGGACGUUUCUGCGUGCUGACGUCAGGACAGUUUGGAUGUUUGGCGCGGGCAGGUAACGGCUAGGACUGGAUGCUAACAAACCGGAGUUUCCGAAUAAAAUUCACAAUAACAAGUGCUGAACCACCAUGUUAGACGGUGGGCAGUUUGUGGAGGCAGUGGGCCGUCUAGGUUUUCCAGGUGCAUCAUCACUGAAGGCUUCCGACUUUGACUGGCUGUUUGACUGUCCUCCGGAGAACCUUCACUUCUUGCGCUUUGUCUGUCGGACCCUCAACCAGAGCAAUGUUCUCACCCCGGAGGAGGCUCAUGCUUUUCAGGAGUUACGGAAAUCUGGCAAGCCAAUUCUAGAUGAAGCCGCCUUGGGCGAGGUUCUUAAAACCAUUGGACCUUCUGAUGGGAGCAGUUCAAACAUUUUAGGGCCCUCUUCUUCAUCUUCAUCCUCGGCGUUUGCAGCUGAAGGGAAUGUGGCCAUAGAGGAUUUGGAGGCAGAGCUCCAGGCACUGCGUAAAGAGAAAGAGCUGAAGCAACAUCGCUAUAACAGGCUACAGGUUGUGGCCACAUCUCGUGCAGAUGUUGACCUGCGACUUAGUGCAGAGCAGGAGAGUGCUGCAUGUAAGCUCAAAGAGACCAGUGCUUCUAUUGGAGCUGAGAAUGCAGACACCAACACAAUGUUACAAAACCUAACAGAUGAGGUGAAAAAGCUUGCGUCAUAUCUCCCAGUUCAGCCAGAAGCCAAGCAGAAAGGAAUUGGAGAACCUGUGGCCCCGUCAAACCCUUCUAUCUCCAAAUGCCCCCCUGUCCUCCUCUCUCAGCUGUCCCUGGAUCCCUACCUGCACCAGGAGGAGCUCAACACUAAAACACUGGCUGCUUUCACUCAGAAGCAUUUCUUCCAGGGCCUCUCUGGCAUUGUUGAGACUUCUUGCUCUGAGCGCUUCCAGGUCCUUGACCUCAGCUCUUGUGAAGAUGGAGAGGACGAAGUGAACGAGCAAGAGGGAAGAAACGGGGAGGAGCGAGCGGUGGAGCGUAGGAGGACGGAGAUGGCCAGACUUCAGUGGGCUCAUAUUGUGGCUCAGCACCAAUUGAUGCAGGCCAUGGCAGAGGAGAAGAGUGUCAUGGCUGGGCUGGACUGGCUUUCUAACAAAUCCUCUCAUACUAAGAGCAUUUCCACGUCCUCCUCUCUUCAUGUCCGUGAGGUUGUGUCGAGGAAGGAGCUGCAGGCGGUGGAGGCUGAGCUGGAGGCUCUGCUCCAGGGUCCAGUACCCGCUGCCCUCAGAGAGUCAGCCAGGUUACUUAAUGUGCCGGUCGUGAGGGGAGACCUUGCUCUGCAAGUAGCCAGGCAGGACUUCUACACCUCCAGACAGAAUCAGGUACGAGACUACCUGCUCCGCCAGAAGGCGUCCUUUGACCUGCUGCUCCUGGGGCAGGAGAUGGAGUUGAGGAGGUGGAGGACGUGUCUUAAGCAGCUAGGAGAAGUUGAUAGCAGGCUGUUAAAGGAAGGCGAAGCAGCAAACCUCAGGAUUGAGUCCCUGGCACACCCUGACUUGGCGAUCAAUCCCAGGCCCAACCCCAUUAUCAGCACCAAGGAUGCAGCCUUCAGCAGGCUGCUCCAGAUCCUGGACCACCAUUCAGGCCCGGGUCGAUCAGAGCCUUUUCGGACAUAUGAAGCAUUGGACCACGCCGCUGGUGACCUCGCAGGCAACCUGCAGAUGACCCGAGACGCUCUAGCCGGUGCUGGCCGCGAGCAGUACUACACAGCUGCUCGUCUCCAUGGCGACUGCGAGGCGCUCCAAAGGGCAAUGUACACAGAGCUCCAGCAGCUGGUCUUAGGGCCGCAGGUACGUCCAGCGGCCAACACUGACCAGGAGCUGCUCUGCCCCAAUGCACAGGUGGGUUUGUUUCCUUUCAUUUUAUGCACAGUCAUCUUGGUCAACCAUACAGAGUGCAAUUCAGAAGCAAUCCUUUAUGAGCUGAGUGUGAAGCUGGUGGAAGCAGAGUCUCAGCUGCAGAGUUUGCAGCACGUAAUGCAAGAAAUCAUCGGAGAGGUUAAAGCCAAGCGUUCACAGCUGGAGCGCAAUGCCCUCCUCCGGCGGGAGAGGGAAUUAUACAUCUACUUCCACUUGGAUGCUCGCCUGCUGCAGAAAGUAGUGGAAGAUCUGGAGGGCAAAAUGGCUGUGAAGAGUGGGCAGCAGUAAAGCAAGCCAGAAUGAAUGAGGAGAGUGUAUUGUAUAAGUACACUGAGCUCUCAGUCAGAGGUUUACUUAGUAAGCCCUGCUCUGGUGCAAUGUGUACAAGUGUGAAACUAAUCAAAAUAUGCACCUUCACUUGGUUUGUGCAAGAGAUGGAAAUGAAUUCCUUGAGUCAACGCUCAACGUGUGAAGAGUUUGGUUGUUUGAGCAUUGCUGCAUGUAUGAUGAAUGAGAUUCAUUUGAGUGUCUAUUUCAAACAAUUUUACAGAAUCUAUCUAGUAUUUAGUGUCGUUGUUUGUCUUGUUCUUUACGUUUCCUUUUUGUCAUCAGAUAAAUAAAGUAAAAUGUUGUUUUCAUGAAGAUUAAGUUG